CUUCGGGCGAAGUUUUGUUGCCAAUUGGGUUCCGCCAGCAACCCUAUUCUUUUACCCGUGCCCUUGUUUCGUCCCACCUUCCCAUCGACCUGUUCGUCAUCAUUCCUUCCUUCCUUCACACACCUCAUUCCAUUCUCUGCGUCUUGGCUAUGGAACCCGCCCUCGAUCCCUUCGACAGCCUGUGUCGACAGGUUUAUCUGGCCAACGACGACGAUACCAGCAAGCAGCCAACACCCAUACCCUCCAAUGAAGAAACCGCCCUCAGUCUCAUAUCCCGUGCACAGGUCUAUGAACUGCCGACAUCAUAUACCCUCCCCUCCUCUGCUCAAGCACCAGGCAACCGUGAUCAGGACCGUCGGUGUUAUCGGAUCCACCUCGAGACCAUUGAGGAUCCAAUCCUAGAGCAGACUGUGCGAGAUAUCAUCAAAGGGGCGAUCGAUCCUUCUGUGCUCAUGGAACUUCCCUUCGACAGAAACCUGUCCGGAUACAGCUCAAAGACCAGAACCGAGACUCGAGAAUCACCCCUUGAAGCACCAGUGGUCCUCGACAUGGAAGGCGUGUCCGCAACAAUACCAGCAUCGGACAACGACAAGAAAACCAUGUUCUUGAUACCAACACAGGAAUGGUUGCGGAUGUCGACAAGGAUCCGCUUCUGGAGAGCGGAAUCUCAUCGUAUUAAAGCUGCUGAGCGGGAAAUCGUCCUGGAUGGGUUGUUGAACGACCGUUGGAAGGAUGCCACGUCCACUCUAUCAUCAGCGGCGGUCUCGUCACCUCCGCCAUCAUCGGGGUCGUUGGUCGCGGCGGAUAUACCCCCAAAGUCCCUGCCAUCGUCUCCAAAUUCGUCCUCAGCGUCUUCGCCGGCCACAUCACCACGGUCUUCGGCAGCACCGCAUCGUUUGCAAACAUCACUUUCGAGACCUUCGUUGUAUAGGCAACCGUUCCAGGAACAUCAGUUAAAUACGCUGGUUCAAUUUAUUUCGACCUAUGGUGAUGAACCAUCGGCAACUUCGAUUCUUCGAGGUCUGCUUAACCUUAUUCGGCGGCAGAUCACAGAGCCCAAGGUGCUGUCGUGGACGUUUGAAAGGGCGAACUUGACGGAACAGAGGCCAGUGGUGACGGUUGCGUUCUUGGAUCUGGUGGCAAAGCUUGGCCUAGAACUGGUGAUCGUAGACGAAGGAAGGGAUAAAGGUGGUCUGAUGGGUUUGGCUCCAGAUUCGAACAAACUCGGCUCGAUCACGUCCUUGACUUCAGAGUCAACGGUCGCUGUCUCUCCGGAAGCCGGUACUGCUGCUGUUUCAAAGGAGAGUCAGUCGACAGAAUUGACAUGGACGUUUGGCCCGAAAGUGGAUGAUCGCAGACUCGAGUAUUGGAUCCAUAAUAUCCAGCAAUCUACUUUGCCGGUCCUCAAAAUGGACGACCAAUCACUCCUGCCCUCUACCGCCACUUUCACGAACAACAGUACAUUGCCAACAUCAUCAAAGUCUAACCAGGAUCACAAGCAAAAUCCAAUCCCGGCUGCGAUCCGGAAACGCUUCCUGCAAGACCGUAAUACUAUACCCGCUGGUAGCAUUCAGGUUCUGACGACCAAUAUCCAUGCUUCCGCACCAACCUCGUCAGAAACGCUGAGAACACCGACAGAAUCAACGCUUCAUACAGCAGCAGGCAAGGUCGACAUUAUCAGGGAUCGAUCCUACGUGCUCGCGUCGUCCAAAUACGCGCUUUCAGACACGGCAGGAUCGUCUGCAUCGUCCUCUGGUGUGUUUGUGGAUCGGGUUCGGAGCGACGUCAAGCAUUUGGUGCGGUGGGCGACGACCUGCGGAGGACGGCUGGAUUGGAUCUGGACUUGGUUAUUCUCGUCGUUUCAAAAGUCGAGGUAUGGUUCUGCAGCAGGCGCGUCAGAGCGACGGCCUCCUCGAUCCAACGACGAGAACGUGUAGAGUGCGCAUGCGGGAUUGUCUUUUUUUUUUGUAGCUGCCAUAGAUAGUUUUUCGUCUCAAAACAUAUACCACAUAGUCUUUCCAGUCUUUCAAUAUAUCCAUGUCUAUGCGAAUCGCCUGUAACUCUGUGCCCCAAUGUCGAACCCUGGGGCCCAAUUGAGGCUAAAGGAAGUUGAGGGCCUUGCGCACGUGAUUUGGGUCGACCAGUCCCCUUGCGUAAACAACCAGCUCGCCUUUUUUUUUUCUCUUGGUUUAAAUGCAUUGCACCUCUUCGCUCUACCAAGACCAGACCAGACCAGACCAACACACCAUCACUCCAUCGUGCUUGUAGACAAUACUCGCGCCAGUUCACACAAAAAAAAAAAAAAACACAGACGCCGACAAGAAACAC